AUAAAAGAAGAAGAAAGUGAGAAACUAUGGCUCAAGCGAUCGGAAAAGUGUGUGUGACCGGAGCCGGAGGGUACCUUGGGUCUUGGGUUGUGAAGCAUCUUCUCUCCAACAACUACGUCGUCCACGGCACCGUCAGGCAACCUGGGGAUGCCAAAUAUGCACAUUUGAAUCAGCUUGAGAAAACAUCUGACAACCUCAAACUCUUCAAGGCGGAUGUAUUGGAUUACGAUUCUCUUUGUUCCGCCAUUGCCGGCUGCACCGGUGUCUUCCACGUUGCCUCUCCCGUUCCCUCCUCCUCCGUUCCUAAUCCACAGGUUGAGUUGAUUGAACCGGCAGUAAAGGGCACACUUAAUGUGCUUAAAGCAUGUCUUGAAGCCAAUGUUAAACGAGUUGUUUUCGUGUCCUCUGUGGCUGCUAUUCUCUUGAACCCUAGGUGGCCCCAGGGUCAGAUCAUGGAUGAGGCCUGCUGGUCUGACAAGGAAUAUUGUGCAUCAACAAACAAUUGGUAUUGCCUUUCAAAAACAGAAGCAGAGAGUGUGGCUUUUGAGUUUGCCAGAAGGUCCGGCCUUGAUGUUGUUUCUGUUUGUCCCACUCUCAUAUUGGGGCCGCUAAUGCAGUCCACCAUCAAUGCGAGUAGCUUGGUUCUCAUUAAAACUUUAAAAGAAGGAUACGAGUCUCAAGAAAACAGAGAUCGAAGCAUAGUUGAUGUGCGCGAUGUGGCUCAGGCAUUGCUUCUGGCGUAUGAGAAGCCAGAGGCCGAAGGAAGGUACCUAUGCACGGCUCACAGGAUCAAAGCACGCGACCUUGCUGAUAAGUUGAGAAGUAUGUUUCCUCAAUACAAUUAUCCUAAAAGCUUAACCGAGGGAGGGAAGGAAGAACUGCUUUGUUCAGAAAAGUUACAGAAGCUAGGGUGGAGUUAUAGGCCCUUGGAAGAAACUCUUGUGGAUUCCAUUGAGAGCUAUAAGAAAGCUGGAAUCCUGGAUUAAAGUUUAAACCAGUUUUUUGCUUGAUUUUCCUUAAUCUUGACUGUGUGCUCUACUUUUGUUUUCAUGGUGAUCCCACUUGUGUUGAACGAUUUCAACAGUGUCAUAUAGCUUGCAUGUCUUUUCCUUUCAUCAUUUGAUA